AAAAAUUUGAAGUUAUUCCAUCAGCUACGAGGAUCCAUAUGUUUAACAGACAACAGUUCUCAAUGUGACAGAACUACACGAACUUUAAUAACCCAAUGGAUGGGGCAUUGACCAUGAGUGAGAAGGCCACACCAGCUAAACGCAAGUCCUCUGCUGAGGAGCAAAACAUAAACCGAGUCCACCCUCUUCAAGCUGAGCUCUAUGACCAGUGCAAAACCAUCUACAACACCGAUAUACUGAACAUCAUUAAAAGAAGCCCCAGUUUCAUCAGGACAGGGCAAAGUUCAGCAAAAAUACUUUCUGCAGAGCAGGACCAGUUCAGAAAAUGGAUUCGUGAUAACAUCAGGAAAAAGGAGUGCACCCAUUUUUCUGAGAGACAGACUGCUGGGUCAGUAUGUGAGUGUGGGUACCCCAGGGAACAUCACAGUGAGGAAGCCAUUAACCUGGGUCAUUUACACAGUGAGAGAUGGAAUACCUUGAAACACCUCCAGCAAGUCCCAACCGAUGCAUUUGGAGACAUAGCAUUUAAAGGACAAGGGCAGAAGACGGCAAAGUAUGCCCGAGUCUCAAAUGACACUGCUCCAGCAACACUCUACCAUCUUAUGACUGAGUACUGGGGACUAACCCCUCCACAUCUUCUCAUUUCUGUAACUGGAGGGGCGAAGAACUUUCACUUGAAGCCAGGCCUGAGAGUCAUGUUCCGGAGAGGCCUAAUUAAAGUGGCCCAGUCGACAGGAGCAUGGAUUAUCACAGGAGGUACCUUUGCUGGGGUAAUGAAGCACGUUGGAGAGUCAGUGCGACACUGUAAGAUGACCAGCCGAUCCAAGAAACAACAGAUUGUGUCCAUUGGCAUUGCUAGCUGGGGCAUUGUGCAUAACCGAGAGAGUCUGAUAUCUGAAGAGGGCAGGUUUCCUGUGGAAUAUUACAUGGAUGAGGCCAAUCAGGGCAGACUAUCCUGUCUGGACCACAACCAUACUCACUUUAUCCUGGUGGACAAUGGCACCCAUGGACAAUAUGGUGUGGAGAUACCCCUAAGGGCCCAAUUGGAAAAGUACAUCUCAAAGCAACGAAUGGGAACUGAAGAUGUUGGAAUUGAAAUCCCAAUUGUAUGUGUUGUCCUUGAAGGAGGCCCAGGAACUCUGAACACAAUAUACAAUGCCAUGGAAAAUGGCACCCCCUGUGUAAUAGUGGAGGGUUCAGGACGAGUAGCCGAUGUUCUGGCCAAUGCAGCUGAUUUGCCCGUGGCUCAGAUAACCAUCUCCUUCAUCCAGAAGCAACUGCGUGUAUUCUUUGCUGAAACUUACACCAAGUUCUCUGAGCAGGAGAUAAUCUCGUGGACCAAAAAGAUCCAGGACAUUGUUAGGAUGCGGGAGCAGCUGACUGUUUUCCGGGCAGAGAAAUCGAGGAAUGAUGAGUUGGAUGUUGCUAUUCUGGAGGCCUUGCUGAAAGCAUCUAGUUCCUGUGGGCACAAAGGCCAGGAGAACCUGGAUCACCAAUUGAAGCUGGCUGUGGCCUGGGACAGGGUGGACAUUGCCAAAAGCACCAUUUUCACCGAUGACAAACAUUGGAAGUCCUACCACCUCCACCAAGCCAUGUUCGCAGCUCUUGUCAGUGACAAGCCUGGCUUUGUGGAACUCUUCCAGGAGAAAGGGGUGAACCUUGAGGAAUUCCUCACACCAGAAAUCCUCAUGCGACUUUACAACAACAUCCCGCCCUACACUCUCCUGUACAAGAAGCUACAGAAAGUGGUGCAAGGGGGAAAACAACCUCAUGUCACUGAUACAACAGACAGCAAGAGGAAUAUCCGCCUCCACCAUGUCUCCAUGGUCCUACAGGAGCUUCUAGGGGAAUUCACCGAACCACUCUACAGAAAACUGAAGGAUGUACAGGAGAGAAAGAAGGUCAACAACACACCAAUAAAAAUAAAUAUCCUGCCAUCAAGUCCCCAGGAGAUGCAGCAAACUUACUCCCAGGAGAGUGGGAUCUGUGAGCAGGAAGUUGAGAAUCCAGAGCGUGACCUUUUCAUCUGGGCCAUUUUGCAGAAACGCAAAGAUCUGGCAUCGAUUUUUUGGGUGCAGGCAAUGGACAGCAUUGAUGCUUCACUGGUUGCCUGUAAGAUCCUGAAGAAGAUGUCCUGUGAGGAGAAUGACACAGACCUGUCUGAGGAAAUGGAAGAACUGGCCCAGGAAUACGAGGAUCGAGCUGUCGGGUUAUUCACAGAGUGUUAUAGGAAACACACCAAGCGAGCACAGAAGCUGCUAAUUCGGGUAUCGAGAACCUGGGGGAAUACAACUUGCUUGCGUCUGGCAUUAGAAGCUGAAAGCCAGAAGUUCAUGGCACUUGGAGGUGUUCAGGCACUGCUGACUAAGAUCUGGUGGGGUGAGCUCUCUGUUGACACCAACACAUGGCAGGUGCUGCUCUGCCUUCUUCUCUGGCCCGCAAUUUACUCCAACCUCAUCACUUUCAGGCAGGAUGAAGAAUGGAGAAAGAAGAAGCUAUCCAGUGAUAAUGAGCUGAUUGCCAACCUUCCUGAAAACAGCAAUGUCAAACUUCGCACUGGACAACGUUCCAUCUCACGAAGACACAUCUGUGAUGAUAUCCCAACUUCUGAACCAGGAGGCCCAAAUUCAAGUCACGCAUGCCCUGGAUAUGUGUCACAGCCUGUCUGAGCCAGUUGAUUAAAAAAC